CUGCCACUGACAACCGUGAACGUGUCGGCCUGGCGACUUUUGUUUGGCACUUUGGGACUUUUAUUUGGCGCUUGGGGACUUUUAUUUGGCGCUUUGGAAGAAGUAUCCUGGCAGCCAUGACGGAAGCCGAGACGGAAAGCGACUUUGAGAAGACGCUCGCUCUGAUUGGCGGCAGGAAUGGGAUUUAUCUGGUGAGUGACGUCAUCCCGAGCCGGGCGGAAGCGGGCGACAAGGACGAGGACGUCCUGCAGGAGUUCAUCCGCGGGUUGUUCCAGGGAGGAAAGUGCCUCGCCGAGGCCGACGGACGGCACCUCUGCGCCGCUAACAGCGGCAGCGACGGUCGGCAAGACGAGCCCGGGGAUGAGGGAGCUAAGAGGCGGGGAAAGACGGCUCGGAGACGGGCGAGCAGCUCCAGCCUGAGCAGGACCAUCGACUUCCCGACCAUCAUGUUCCUCUUCCGGCAGUCGUUCAUCAGCUGUGACCGGAAGCAGGUGCACUUGAAGGAGAUCCUCAAGGAUGUCCGCGCACGCACCAAACGAGCCGGGAGCGCAUUGCCGGCUCUCAUCGGAUUAGUGCGCACCACAGCGCCGAGCGCCGAGACCCAAAAGUGUGUGGAGCUCCUGGACUUGCUCAUCCGCAGCGUGUUCCGCAAACACGCACCCGAGACUAUCUGGGCCGGCUCCUUCGUCCCCAGCGCGCCCAGCAGCCUCCGCCUCAUCAAGAGCCACUUCUGCGCUGUCGUCCGCGCUUCUCCCGCAGCAGAUGUUUCCAGCAGGAGCAGGAACCCACUUCUACAACCCUUCCUGUGUUGGUUCAGGCCCAGUGGAGGAGCACACAACACGUCUUCAAGCAACACGCAGAGAGGCAACGGUGGCAACGUGGAGGAAAGCAUUCCUUUGAAAAACAAUUCCACGUCCGCUGGGCCAAACGAGGAAUCUGCUGGAUGAGGUCACUGAUGUCACGUGACUAUAAGGCCCCAACACUGUGGACAAUAACGUUUUUGACUUUGUAGGGAAGCUCUGCUUCGAAAUACAGCACAAGAUAUGCCUUUUUAUGACAUUUAGUGUCACUUUGGUAAAUAAAGUACAAUUUGGUAGCGCCAAGGACUUCAUUCUUUGUUAUAGAAGAAUCAGAAUCAGAAUCAGCUUUAUUGUCAUUACGCAAGGUAACGAGAUUGAGGCCAUUCCAUACAGUGCGAUGUGUGCAUGCUAGAAAAACAAUGUGCAAAUAUAUAAAAAUUUAAAAAAUGUAGAAGUGCAAUGAAUAUGGUGUGAAAUGAAUAUAUACAUGAAAAAACAAAACAAAAACAGGGUGGUUGGUGGAAUGGGUUAUUGCACCGAAGAGAAGGCAGUUAUGAGGGACAAUGG